AUGCAGCCUGUCAUCUUAAAAGCUACUAUUUUCCUGCCUUGGUGCCUGACCCUCCCAGUGCCCCCUGCUACAGACUGUAAAGGACUGGGCUUUGCUAAGGACAAUUUCCAUUGGUGUUCCCUGACCAAGAGAGAACAGCCACUCCUUACCCAGGGGGAAGAGAUACAGUUUCUGCAGCAGAUCCAUUUGAAUGAGACAGACCCAGAGGCUGAGCCAAUGCUGGCUAUGCUCCACCACGCUCGCUGUGGGAUAACUGAUGUUGUUAACUCCUCUGAACGUUCCAGAUGGAAUAAGUACAAUCUGACCUAUAGUAUUAUCAAUUAUCCAAAAGACAUGAAUCCAUCUACAGUGAAUGACAUUAUACGUGACUCGGUAUCCAUCUGGAGCAAUGUGACCUCCUUGAUCUUCCAGCAAGUAGAGGGUGAAGAUGCAGACAUCAAGCUUUCUUUCUGGGAGUUGGACCAUGGAGAUGGUUGGCCCUUUGAUGGGCCAGGUCGUAUCUUAGCCCAUGCCUUUUUACCAAAUUCUGAAACUCCAGGAAUUAUCCACUUUGACAAGGGAGAAUAUUGGUCAACAUCAUACAAAGGAUUUAAUCUGCACCUGGUUGCCAUUCAUGAGCUGGGUCAUUCUCUGGGCCUGUGGCACUCCAUGAGUGAGAACUCUGUAAUGUACCCCAGAUAUAUGUAUCGGAACCCUAGAACGUUCCGCCUUGAUAUUGACGAUAUCCAAAAAAUCCAGCAACUGUAUGGACAAAGAUGUUCAUCUGAAAUGCCCUGA